GAUAACAUAUGCAACCGUGACAAAACGUUCUGCACUACAACUAUUAUUGCUUGGUGGAUUGGUGCUCGACAGUUAAACCCGCAAGCCCCACGUCUGGCCCCACUGAUGUCAUCAUCUUGCCGAUGGAGGGGAGGAGAGGGGCGAGGGGGUCCCGUCCUUAUUGGGACACUCCGCCUCUGGGUCGCGCCGACCGACCGCCUGCGAACAACGCCUUACACGGCCAUGCCCAUGCCCUUCUGUAAUUCUAACUCUGGCUUCGUUUUUUUCCGUUUCAACUUUUUCUCUUCUUCCUUUAUGUUCAGGGCCACGUACCUCUCAUACUUGGCUCUUGCUCGUGUGUGACCCGUCUUCCCUCCAUUGAGCAUCAUCUGCAGUGAUACCUCACUUACUUCGUCUCAAUUUCUUGGGGGUCUCAAAAUUCAAUCUCCCCCGUCUUCUGCACCACAUCCGUUUCGUUUCCUUGACACCUACCGAACAACCAUGGCCGACAUGAAAGACGGAAAGUUCGUUCACGACGCGACGACGCCUCCCACCUCGAACAGCGUCUUCGACCUCUUCUCUCUCAAGGGCAAGACCGCCAUCGUCACGGGCGCCAGCGCGGGCAACAUUGGGCUGGGCGUGGCCCAGGCCCUCGCCGAGGCCGGCGCCAACGUCGCCAUAUGGUACAACAAGAGGAAGGAACCGGCCGAGCAGGCCGCGGCAGAGAUUGAGAAGGAGUACGGUGUCAAGUGCAGAGCGUACCAAGUAGACGUCACCUCGUACGACACGGUAGCCGCGGCCGUCGACGCUAAUGUGCGCGAGUUCAACGGCCGGCUGGACAUCUUCGUCGCCAACUCGGGCAUCGCAUGGACCGGGGGCCCGAUGCUGGACGGCCCGGUCGACAUGUACUCGGCCGUGGUCAAGACGAACGUGGACGGCACCUACUUUUGCGCGCGGGCGGCGGGGCAGCACUUCCGGCGGCAGAAGCGGGAGGGCACCACCUUCGGGGACGACGCCCGGCCGCUGGACCCGCCCUUCACGUCAGGCAGCUUCAUCGCGACGGCCAGCAUGAGCGGCCACAUCGUCAACGUGCCGCAGCUGCAGGCCUCGUACAACGCCAGCAAGGCCGCCAUCAUCCACCUCUGCCGGAGCCUCGCGGUCGAGUGGGCCGGCUUCGCGCGCGCCAACUCCGUCAGCCCCGGUUACAUUGUCACCAGCAUCUCCGAGUUUUGCAGUGAGGACACCAAGAGGGCCUGGAAGGACAAGAUUCCCAUGGGUCGCGAGGGUCAUGUGAACGAGCUCAAGGGGGCAUACCUGUACCUGGCGUCAGACGCGUCUUCGUACACGACGGGGACGGACAUCAAGGUCGACGGUGGAUACUGCGCCCCAUAAAUGCGUCUAGUUGCCGAGCAGGUCGGAGUUGACUGUGGAGUCAACUUGUCUUGGAUGGAGGGAAGGACUUUUUUGCGAGA